AUGGCCAGCGCUGCAGACGUGAUCAUUCUGUCUUCCUCUCCGAAUCCAGUGCAGUCGCUAGAUCCAGGGCCCGGUAGAAAUGAUGUGAUCCAGGUCUCUCAUGACUCCUCACGAGGCCCAACGCCACCGCCAAUACCCUCGAAAUCCACCUUGUCCAAAUCUCAGACGCGUUCUCGGUUCUUUCCCACCCCAAUCGCGAGCGCUAAAAACUCCAAGGACGAAACGAGACCGAAAAAGCGAUCCACCGGAAAAGAUUAUACCUCACGCGCCAGUGACCAAAACGCCGUGAGCAAACCGCGGCGGAACUCGAAGAAAAGCGCGGACGCCACAGGAACAACUGCCCUUGAGAACCACCAGCAAGAACCCGGUGGCGAACAGAAUGAUGCAAUGAAACCGACCAGAGGUCGUCCUCGAAAGAAUGCCAAGACCAAAGAAUCGGGCAACAUGACUCUGGCUGGGAAGGUUACAAAGACGAGCGGCGAUCCGUCAGCAAAGAAGUCCAGUAAAGGCGGGAAGAAGACGGUCGCCAAGGAACAUUUGCCUUCAGAAGAUGGGACCGCUAAAACUGCUGCCGAGUUUAUAACCGCUCCAGGAGAGGACCGGGUCUUGCAUUUGGAUGAAGCUGUGAGGAGACGGCUGGAUUGGACACCACCAAGGGACACUGUUUGUGAGGAAGUCACUGUCGUGCGUGAUGGUAGCAGUCAGGAUACAGAUCGGGAUCCCGACACUGCCGGGGGACUUGACCAGCUGCUAUCUGGAAGGUAUAAUUACUCUGGGUCAAAUCUGAAUCCUCGCGACUCUGUACAGAGUGCAAACGGCGGACCAACGAAGCGUCGGAGAAUAGAGCUGGUCAGUCCUGACAUCCAAGCACUACUGAAUAGGAGGCAGUCCGAUUCAAGUGACCAGACAUCCUCGGAAAAGCCCAAAAAGACAACCAAGGCCAAGCCCAAGAAAUUCACGACCUUGACGGCCCGGAUGACCGCACAAUAUGCAAUAAAUGACACUGAGGACGAAGAGCCAGUGUUAGAAUGUGUGCCACCUAUUACGACGGCAAAGAAUAGACGGAAGGCUAAAGUGGCCGAGAAAGAGUCUCUCUUUACCGUGCUUUCCCCGGAAGCCGCCGUUGAAUCUUUGAAGGAUCAAGACCUUGUGUUCGGCACCUGCAGUCAACUGGAGAGGGAGGAUUCUCCACAGACGCUAAGAGAAAUACAGCAAGCUAUCCGUGCUUCUGAAGGUAUUUCCGAGCCAGAGGGGAUACGCGAUAACGGACGUGAAUCCCGUCCGACCUCUACUGUUCGUUCGGUAGCGAGGUUGGCAGGCACCCGAAAUCUGUGGGGCGUCAGUGCCAGAGAUGCCGAAGGGUCUUUGAUUCGGUCAGAAACACUGGAUGUUGUUGACUUGACAGAUGGGAAGGAGACCCUCGCUGAGACAAGUUAUAACGAUGAUGAACAAGUGAAACGAAAUGAUCAAAAGGACUGGUUUGAGCUUGCGGAUUUAGACUCACCAGCUGAAAAGAAAUCAUCAUCAUUACCAUUGGCCAAGAAUGACACAGGUCCAGACACGCUCGUUUCAAUCCCAGCUCAGGCUUCGGCUCCAGCUCCAGCGCCAGUUCCAGCACCUGCACCUGCGGCUAAAGCUAAAUCCAAAGCCACAGCUACAAAAGCCGCAGUGAGAGCCGAUCAGAUCCCAGCUAGUGAGGUGAAUGCUCAGCCGUCUGUCCCGCAAGUGCCAGAAAUGCCACGUUAUGCCGGUUUCACGGAUGCAGAGUUAUCCAAACAGGUUUCUCAGUAUGGUUUCAAGGCAGUCAGAGGGCGCAAGAAGAUGAUAGAACUUCUCCAACAAUGCUGGAGGUCGAAACACGGUACCAGUGCCGCAGUUGAUGAUGAGCCUAUAUGUCAGCCCGAACAACAGAAGGAUCAGGCCUCUGAAAUGUCAAAUGAUCCGAAACUAGUCCCAGAGCCGAAUGUGAAACCGAAACCGACAGCAAAGUCGAAAGCAUCCACAAAGAACUCAAAGCCGCUUGGCACGACCAAAUCAGCCCUCGCCUCGCGAACCGAUCUCCCGACAAGUCCACAGAGAACUUCACGAGGCAAGCCUACCACUACGACGUCAUUCUUUGAUGUAGAAGAAAUUCAGGACUCUGAAGAGGAAAUUCUUCCCUCUCCAAGUCAAGUACAAAAGCAUUAUACAGAUCUCUAUUCCAAAUCUAAGGCAGGAGGCCGAAUGGAACUCCAAGCCUUGGACAUCCUCACCAGAAGUCCAUCCCCAAGCCCUACCAAGCGCAAGGUGGUUUCUAAAGUCCCAACCAAGAAGCGAUCAUCAGCAUCUAUCACAACUACCCGCAAGGCAGAACCCCCCAAAGAGAUCAGUUUAGCCGAGAUAUCCGCUCAAAUCACCCAGGCUAUCCGCGUUCAACCUCGUCUCGCACCACUAUCGUCAUCGCGUGGUAGCCGAAGUCGACCGACAUGGCAUGAAAAGAUUCUCAUGUACGACCCUAUUGUCUUGGAAGAUCUUACGGCAUGGCUCAACAUCGAGGGUCUCGGACUCGUUGGCGAAGACCGCGAGGUUUGGCCUGGACUUGUUAGGGAAUGGUGUGAAAGUAAAGGUAUCUGCUGUUGCUGGAAGAAGAAUGCUAGUUGGUGA